UUUCACCGAUUGCACCGCGUGUUUAACCAUCAUGUACAUUUAUGAGUCUAGGCCGGAUGGCUGGCAUCCUUUCUGGCAACCGUCCAAGCGGUUACUGAACGCUUGGAACGCGGUGAACGUGGACGUGGACGGAGUGCUGCAAGUGGGCCACGUCAUCGGGCUGGAUGACACUACAGGGGCACUGCCGCGACUGAUCAUCGAUUUUGGAUACGCAACGCAGCACUCCUUACUGGUCGAGUACGGAAGAGUGUUUAACUUGUGCGACGCGCAUCGUACGACAGAGGAAGGGAAGAAUGCGUACUGCAGCAUCCCGGCCGGGGACGAUUAUGAAGAUGUGCAGGUGCUGUUGCGCAGCCAUCCCGAUCAGCCCUGGAAAUGGCAUCCCGCCAAAGUCGUUCUGUCCGGCUUCGUGGCUUUGAGUCACUACGCUCUGGUCGAGAUCAUGGUGGGCGGGGCGCAUACACGUGAACUGCUUCCUGACGAGCAGAUGUCUGCACCGCCAUCGGGUGAAGACCUCCAGCGACGGAUGGUCCGACCAGGUGACUUCGUCAUCCGAACGUGCAGCGUGCCUCCAGGCUAUUGGACAACGGCUGAACCGGCAGCGAGAGAUUUGUUCCGGCAGAAACUCGAGAACGUGUCCGGACAGGGAAAAAACGCCGGAAAGGGUUUACGAAUAGUGGCGGUUCUCAGUCAGACGAUAACCUAUCUUCAACGAAGCAGCGAAUCCCCGGUGUCAGAAGAAGACGCAGCUGGAUUGUGGAAUGAAGCAGUGCAAGACGCAAAGCCUAAGGAGACGGAAAUAACUGAUUUUGUGGAAAAGACUAAACGGAAGCAGCCCUUGCGAACAGACGAAGUCGGUUACUUAGCUUUGGCGCCGGAGAUUGUUGCGGAGAUCUUCGAGUCAAUGGACACCAUGGAGCGCCUGCGUUGCCGACGCGUCUGUCACCUGUGGAAUGAGAUUCUGACGUUGGAAGAACUUUGCAAACCAGUCUGCAUCUCGCUGGAGAACGAUGCGUACGGUAAAUUGCCGAGCGAUUACGCCGCGUAUGCUUGCGUCUUCAAGGACAUCACGCCCGCCACGCGGACCAUCUGCAUUCGGGACGCCAUUGACGACCUCGAGCGCGAAGACGGAUUUGAACACGAAAGCUCCACUACCGCGGGCGAAUUGAUCGCACAUCGAGAGGGUUUUAAGAGCAUCCAAUAUUCGCAUUGACCGUUGAUCAUGUGCAAGCGAUCUGUUUCCAUGCCAAUAGAAGAUAACUCUCUCUAGGAUUACUUUGCCGGCAGUUACGAAAUGUAUGCCCAGCUGAAAUCUUGUUGUGAGCGGCUGAUUUGGAAGGAUUUCUCACUGGCCUUUAGCGACGUUGCGGUAGAUGUCAACGGACUCCCUGACAUCGAGUUCCACAUCCAUUUUGCUGUGUUCCCGCUGAAAACCUUCGAUGCGUUAGAUUGGUAUGAUUUCUACGAAAAACAUUUGUGUUGGGACGAGCGGGUGAAUUUGGACCGGCUGACGCGGGUGACGGCACGACUGAAUGGAGGAUAUAAAGGCGACCGUUUCUACGACAGUUUAAUUAAUGUUUUGGACAUGUGCCAGGUUGGCGAUCCGCGCCCAUCAGCACAGUACACGGACCGAGAUUGGUUGUUGGUCAACACGCGCGAGUUGAACUUGCGCCGUAUGAAUAAACUUUGCCGGUAUGUGCUGUCCCACCACAUCGCUGGCCGCACAGAUUUGUCUUCGCCAACCAGCGACAGCGCCGAAGGAUCGGAGGAUGAAACAGCAGAAAAGGCUGAAACUUAGCGCUCGGACAGUUUGCCCCCGAGACUGAGUUUACGAUGAUAAUAAUUAUUGGUGUUUAUCUAAAUUGACCAGCUUUCUGCAUAAUUCGAACCAGAGACUGAGCCAGCAUUUUCAUUUUCUCUCUACCAGUAUCACAUGGAAGAGAAUUAACAGAGGUCAUCGAACCACCAUCAGGCAAUUGAUUCAUCCACCAUAUAUUCCUUGAAAAGAAAACAGCGCAC